AUGUACUUGGAGGAACAAGCCAGAAGUGUGGGGAGCCGCAGUCCCGAGAUCCAGCGACGGGCGGAGCCCUCGCGAUCGGCGGAGCGAGACUCCAGAGCUGGAGCUCAUGGCGUCCCCAUUUGGAAGUCCCAUGGCAUCCCCAAGGAGCGAGUGGUCCUCGUGGGCGUCUCCUCGAAGCAGACGGGAGCCGGAAGUGUCGCCAGGAGCAACGGAGGAGGAGGACAGCGAAGACAGCGACGUGGUGGUGGUCUCCGUCGAGCCGGCUCCAAGGAGAGCCGAGCUCCGGAGAAUGCAGCUCAACGACGAGGAGAAGCGGGCACGGGAGCAGGAGCUGCGACGCGACGCAGCGUUCCUCGGAAUCGCCAUCCGAUCGGCGGAACGCUAUUUGCAUGCCGCCAGCAACGCCAUCGCAGCCGACGGCAAGGCAGCAGAGAGGGAUGGCAGAGGUACCGUUGCAACGGAGAGCGCAGGCCUCAGCACAGCCGACAGCGACGCCAGCAGAGCAGCCUAAAGCGACGCCAGCAGCGCAGCCGCCAGCGACGCCAGCAGCGCAGCCGACAGCGACGCCAGCAGCGCGGCCACCAGCCGAGGCCAUGCGGAGGAGCCAUAUGGAGCAGCAGCGCAACCGGCGAGCAGCAGCAGAGGCGCGACGCGAAGAGGGGCGGCGACGCGAGGAGGAGCGACGACGCGACGAAGAGCGGCGGCGCGAAGAAGAGCGACGACGCGAGGAAGAGCGGCGACCCACAGAGCACGCAACAGCCAACGCCCCCGCAGUCACCGCCACCAAAAUCACCACCACCGAACUCACCGCCACAACAGUCGUCGCCACGACAGGAGGAGGCACCGAAGGAGUCGCCACAGGAAGAGGCACAGCAGCCCCAGUGGGGUGGUCCGGAGAACGCGGUGUGCGGCCCAUUUGUGUCGCAAAACGUUCACACGACGGUAAGGAAUGGCAUGAUAUGGCACCACCAAACUAUACACAUAACGUGGGCGUCGGGACUCGCACCAUCGGAGGCGCAGGAAGACCGGAAGGUAUGGGAGGAGGAACCAGUCCCGCGAAGCAACACGCGUGAUCCACGGCAGCACCGGAGGCAGGCAGAGGCCAGGAUGGCAGAGGAGACGACGUCGGAGGCGCGGGAGCCAGCGACAGCGGCAGCGGGAACACACGCAGCAGCGAAGGCACCGGCUGCGACGGCGACAGAGGCAUCGACAGCGGCAGCGACAGAGGCACCGACAGCGGCGGAAGAGGCGGCAGCGGCAGCGACGGAAGAGGCGGCAGCGGCAGCGACGGUGACGGAGGAACCGGCAGCGCCAGCGACGGCGUCGAAAGAACCGGCAGAGGACACGGAAGGUGAGAGGUGGGAGCGCGGUCCGUGGGUGUGGCCCUCACCUGCGAAAGCCAAGGCUAGGCCUGUCCCAAUGCGGCAAUCGUCGUGCCCAGAUCCCAGGGCUGAGGUCGCCCGGCCGCAGCUGCAGAGACAGCAGUCGAUGGAGGAGCCGACGGGGGAGAAUGUCCGCUGGCGACACGUGGACAUCGAAGAAUGGCCGGAGGCAGUGGCUCGGGCAGUGGAAGGCACACCCCGGAUCGGCCGACGCGUAAAGCGUCUCGUGAGGGUCCGCGGGGUGCGGUACCGGGUGUCGGCAAACCAGGUCGAGGUGUCCGUCGAGCUUGAUGUCGGGCUAGUCGUGGGGUUAACACGCGAGGUACACAGAGCCCACGAGGGCAGUAGCUUAAAAACUUACGCGAAAACGCGGCCGGCCAGCGUAUACAAUAGAUACCGCAAGCGGAAUCAACACGUGAAAAUGGGAGCGAUCCGGCAACACGUGAAGAGGGUCUGGCAGCACGAUCAGAGGCGCACCUAUCGUGCACGCGAAGCGCGCACCUGUCGUGCACACGAGGCGCGCACCUAUCGUGCACGCAAAGCGCGCACCUAUCUGGAGAAUCAUCCACGGAGUUGGUUCCGGAACUACAUCGGUAGACCCGAUCCGAUAGGUGGCGAACCGAUCGGGCAAUGGAGGAAUCAGUCCGGAACCAGCAGAGUCGGGAAUGGAGGAGCACGCAAGGAGCGGCGCUCGCGUCAGGCUAGGAACGGCGGGAGCGGGCCGGCAGCGGUCCAGCGCAUGUCCAUGUAUGGACAUGAGAUCACGCCACCAGCUCGGUCCCGUUAA